AUGCGCAAUUAUCUUUGGUUAAUGGUACUCAUGGCGGUGGUGGCCACCAGCUGCGUCAAGGCCAAGCCACUGGUCUCCUUCGGAAUCAGCUAUCAGCAGCCGUAUCUGGGCCCCUCGCCAGGACCCUAUUAUUAUGGAGGACCAUACCAGGGCGGUGGCUACUAUGAAAACUACCACAACAGCCCGGGCCCCUACAGGUAUCCGUAUCCGUAUGUGAAUGGGAAUCGCUAUGGUGCCCUGGACGUGGGUAUCGGUGCCCUAUCCCUGGCCCCAUUCUUGCUCUGA